GAAAAAAAAAAGACUAUUUAACGAAAUAAAGCCUUUUCCUUUUCCAAGUUCCAAGCAAAGAUCUGGGCUUGGCUCAUAGGAAUAUACCAUUGGGUGAUCGUAGUUCUUACCCUGUUCUUAUGAUGGGUGAGUCAGAGGUGACAAAAUUCAGCUUAAAUGUCAGGAAGAAUGAAAAAGAUGGGUUCUCAAGGGGACUGAAACCUGAAAUAUCUAAAUUUUUUGGGCAACUCCCUCACAAGCUUCAGAAUGUUCUUAAGUCACAGCUGAGCAGAUUAGCAAAAAAUGAUGGAAUGAAUUUGGUGAGAUCUCUCCAGAGAAAUGUGAAUAGGUCUUUUAGUGCCUCUGAAGCUGAACUGAAUGAGCAACUACAAACUUGGAGAGAAAAUCCUUCUUGGGUUGAUAAGCCACCACAAGUAAAGGUGACUGUUCCAAAAGGCACUCUUUGCAACCUCAAUGUAGAAGUUGAUGUUGGGCUGCCCCCUGAUGCAGUAUAUAAUAUAGUGACAGAUCCUGACAAUAGGAGAGUUUUCAAAAAUAUCAAAGAAGUGAUAUCCAGAAAAGUCUUGGUUGAUGAAGGUCAUAGGCAAGUGGUUGAUCUUGAGCAAGCAGCCAUUUGGAGAUUUCUUUGGUGGUCCGGGACUAUUUCGAUUAAUGUUUUGGUAGAUCAAAACAGAAAAGACUACUCUAUGAAAUUCAAGCAAACCAAGACCGGAUUCAUGGAAAAAUUUGAGGGCUGCUGGAAGGUAGAGCCUUUAUUUGUUGAUGAAGCAACAUGCUUUCCCUUUAAACCCAUGACAAAGGAAGAUUAUAAUGCAUGUACAAGAGGGAAAGGAAGAAUUGGGUCUAAAGUGAGCCUGCAACAAAUACUACAACCAGCGAUUGUCCCUCCCCCUCCCAUAUCAUGGUAUUUGAGGGGAAUCACCAGCAAAACAACUGAGAUGCUUAUAACUGAUCUGCUUGCAGAAACUGCCAGAAUCAGAGAAGGAUAUGAGGCUGAAAAGUCUAAGGGAGAGCUUCAAGGAAAUCCUGGUAAAAAUGUGGACCUGGUUGCUAAAACAAGUAACAUUAAAGAAAGAUGGAUUUUACGUAGAAAAAAUGCAAAGCAGGGUCAUAGAAGAUUGCUGACUGCUAAAUGAUUUUCCUAUGUUUAUAUUCUAUUUUCAAUUUAAGUAAUCUAUCUAGAUUGCUCCAUAGUAGUUCAGUUUACUUUGAAGGAUUCUAAUGUAUGCAUCUUAUUACAUAAUGUCA